AUAAGCCAACAAACACAAUUCGCACACAAUCUUCUCAAGUUCAUUCGCAAUAAUGGCUUCCUCCAGUGGAGGUAUGAGCAACGCUGACUUCGCGCGUAUGUUCCGCAAGGAAGCGCGCGAGAAGGCGCAAGACCACAUCCUGCAAAGCACAGAUGAUGUUUCCUCUACAGGUGAUAGCACUAUCGAGUCGAAUCCGAUGCAGGCAGCGGCCAGGAGAAGGCGUCAAGAGAUGGACACCACAGAGUCCACCCAAGACGCGGACGAGGUGCCACAAGACUCUGGCCGUGGAUUCGAGUCCGGCACAGCGUCAGGUCUGGGAUUCGGGUCUAAUUUAAUGCUAGGUCUGGGUUUCCGACCCAGUCUUGGAGCUGAGAAAAAGGAUGCAGUCGCCUCCAGACCUACCAAGACCAAGACUUAUGCUUGGGAGAAGCACACAACAGGAUUCGGUACUAAAAUGCUGGCCAAAAUGGGCUUCAAGGGUCGUCUGGGCAAGAAAGAGGACGGUGUAUCGGCCACUAUUGAGGUCAAGAAGCGACCAGCCCAGAUGGGAAUGGGCUACGGAGACUUCGUGGAGGCCAGCAACCUCAAGCAGAACAGAAAGUUGCAAAAAGAACUGAAAGGAGAAAGUGUGGAAGAUGAGGGCACAGGGGAACAGGCUGCAGGUGUCGUAGAAGAUGACUCGUUGUGGAGAAAGAGGAAAAUGGUGGCAGGUCGCACGAAACACAAACGAGCGGCGGACUUGACGCAGGAAGCGCAUGACAUGAAAAAGCACAAGAGAAACAACACCAUCCUGGAUAUGCGAGGGCCGUCUGUACGCGUGCUGUCCGACGUGACGGCUGUGUAUGAUGUGGAUCCGCAGCGCGUGGAAGCCGCGAAGCCAAAACUCGGCGACGAGUUGAUUUACAACGUUCGGAUGGUGGUGAAUCUCGCCCAAGGCAAAAUUUACGACUUGACUCAAAAAAUGGACACUAACAAGGAGAGUCUUGCUGGAAUGAAGAAAGAAGCCAAGAUGAUCAAGGCACAGCUGGAUGUGGACGACGUGCGACUGCAACGCAUGCAAGCUAUGGUGGCGCAAAUGAAAGUAAUGGAUAGUCUGCGGGAGCAAGCUCUUGAGAUGCAAUCAGUGGAGCCCAUUGUAUCACAUCUGCGCACUGUACGUCGGAGUUUCCCGUUAGAGUUCGAUGCGCACAAGCUUCAGCAACUGAUCCCGACUAUCUGUAUGCCUCCGCUUCGGGCCUUGUUGACAGAGUCAGAUCUACUAGACCAAGCGUCAAGCGAUCGUGUCGUGCUUCAAUUCCAGUUGAUUCAAGCAUUUUUGACCGAGUUGCCCAGCAAUAGAGCGGUAAAGGACGCGCCCGAAUCCAGCAGUGUGCUUCCCGUUAUCCGCGAGAAGACUGUGGCCGAAGGCGACGAUCUUUACAAUUUCAUUCUGGAAGAUACGUUAUGGCCUGCCAUGGUGCAGUGUGUGAACGUAGAGUGGCAAGCAAAGUCCGCUCCAGCUGCUUGUGUUGACAUGUUCCUGAAGUUUAGACCGCAGCUUCCGAGUGAGUUCGAGGAGGCAUUUCUGCAUCAGUUGGUGCUUGCUCGACUGAAGAAAGAGUGCCAUCGCUGGGACCCUCGAUCAGAUACCAUUCCUAUUCACGAGUGGUUACUCCCUUGGUUACCUUAUGUCGGUGCUGAGAUGAAGUCUCUUUAUCCUGAGAUUCGGUUAGCCCUUGCAGGUGCAUUGAAUCAGUGGCACCCCUCAGACCUCUCAGUCCUUGCUGUGUUGUCUCCGUGGAGAGAACUCUGGGGUGAGCGUGAGUAUGGCAAGUUCACGCAUCGACAUAUUGUACGGAAACUGAUCCGAUGUUUACACCGCGAGUUUGAGAUCAACCCGGAGAAUCAAUCGCUGGAGUCGUUGACGUGGGUUUUGGCUUGGAAAGAUCAUCUUCCUAACCGCCAAUUCAUUGCACUUUUGGAAGGCGAGUUCUUUCCAAAGUGGCUCAAGGUUCUCCGCAAAUGGGUCAGCGGCUCACCCAAUCUGAUCGAGCUCGAAAAAUGGUAUUGCGGGUGGAAGCUGUUUUUCGAGAAGAACAAAUUAGCCACAAACGAACGAUUGUUGGUCCAUUACCACGGAGCUCUCGUGUUUCUUCAGGUCGCAACUGAGUCGGUUGGCGCUCCGACUGAGAACAGACCGCCAGUGCCGGAGCUGAACGGAAAUGCCGCCAUGAACUACCAAGAUGCAUUGGCAUUGGCACGAGAUGAAGAGCUGAAAGACUCGCCGGUUCGAGAGGAGAGAAAGUCGCCGCGGAAUACGUCUUCGCGCAGCGUCAGCCUGAAGGAUGUCAUUGAAAACAUGGCAAUAAGUCACAAUUUGACUUUCAUGCCGAAGGGUUUCCACGACGGACAGCAAGUCUACAUGUUCGGAAAACACCAGAUUAUCAUAGAGCAAGGUGUAGUGUUCUUGGAGGAGUCCAAGGGUGUGUUCAAGCCUGUAGACCUUGAACGGAUCCUGUAAAAUCAACGAAACAAUGAAACAUUGGCAUUUGCCUCAGCACUAUUCCAUAGUAAACCACACUGGAUCAUGCAUGGUGAUGGAUGCAAAAACACAAUGGAAACGCCAACCAAGUUGAAUUAUCCUUGAAAACACC